AUGUUGUCUAGAAAGUGCCCAGUAGCUGGGAAGCUCAUACUACCUCACACUGUUAGUAGCUCUAAGGACGAUGGGGAUCAAAUCUGUGUAGAACCACUCUUCCAAUCUGAGCUGCCAACCAGAGGCCAAGUGAAGCACAACCUUGCCACGAAGGAUUUGCUUACUGAGAUAUUCGAGGAACGUAAAGAAGGGUUCGAGGACAUGGGCAACAAUUUCGAGGCGGGAUACAUGAACCGCUUUUCCGCCAUGGCAAUUGAGCUUCAUGCGGAAGGAUGGUUUGCAAACAACGACAUAUCUGUGUGCCACCUGGACUUUGAACCUCGAAACAUUCUCAUCGACAUCACUAAGGAUGCUCCACAGCCGAUCAUCAGUGGCAUCUUGGACUGGGACAGUGCUGCCCUGGCCCCGAGCUUUAUGUCGUGCAAGCCACCGCUUUGGAUUUGGGCCUGGGCAGACGAUGAGGACGAGGACGAACGGACAGCUAAUGACGAACCGCCCAACGAAGAAGGAAGGGUUUUGAAGCGGACUUUUGAACAAGCCGCGGGACCGGAAUUCGCUGGUUACGCGUAUCCCUCUGCAUAUAGACUAGCCCGGCGGCUUCUACGAUUCGCCAUGGAUGAGAUGAGGUCGACUGAAGAUUUCAACGAAGCAGAUGCGAUGCUUGAAGAAUGGGCGGAAUUACGGAAGUCCUCGGCCAUCGUAGACACUUGA